AUGGACCAGACAGAGCUCCUUCCUUUAAGACAACCCAAGGACUCAAGGAUAAAAAAGACCCGAGCAGCCAGGAAGAUCCAGGCCUUGUGGCGCGGAUUCCUGGUGAGGCAAACUCUGCUGGCUGCUGCCCUCAAUGUCUGGGUGAUUCAGUGCUGGUGGAGGAACAUUCUCCACAGGCAGGUACUUAAACGGCGGCUGGCCCUGCUGAGGAUAUACGUCAUCGAGGAAGAGGCGGCCGUCAGGCUCCAGGCCUGGGUCCGCAUGUGGAAUUGCCGUCGAUACUUCAACCAAAUAUGCAACACACUCUGUGUGGUCCAGUCCGUCGAAAACAGCCUUACCUUCAAGAACGAUGACAUUUUGCAAGUUCAAUAUGAAGUUGUUUCCAGGCAACCAGAGUUCCACAUUGAAAUCCUAUCCAUCUAA